AUGACACUGACUGCAUUUUAUUAUAAUGUUCCUCUUUUUAAUAAUGAAGAUGGUAAAUCUAAUCAUCUUGAUGUUGUGCGUCAAACGGUUCAGUUUCCACAUCUUAAACUAAUGAAACUCAAUUUGAAUUUUGUUGAUGCAAAUUUUCAUUUGACGCGCAACAUUAAUAUUUUGGCUUGUGAAGAACCAAAAUCUAAUAUAGAAACUAUUACUGAUAGUUCUGAAAAACAAAAAUUAGAAAUGCGUGGGCCUAGAAAAUUAUCAUUGGUUUUGGCAGCGCUUUGGUUCGAUUAUACUUUAAAAAUUGAAAUUAAUUGUUUGCACAAUAAAGGACUUAUACCUAUAUCCGAAUUAUAUAAUAAAGAGCUUGGAAGUUCAGAAUAUUACAUUGAACAACAUAAACUUAUCUGA